AUGGGACGGAACUCUGGCGUGAGGACCAAGCCUGGACGGCAGCUGACAACAGGAGGUUGCCGGGCUUGCAACGACAAGACUCUCAUCCUGGUACUAGCUCAAGGGAAGAACUCCCUCCUCACCACUGCUGCCUUGAGUGACUGCCUGGAUGUCCUCAUCCACACCAGACAUGCGGGACUCUGCACGGCGAGGCAGCGAGGACAGCGACUGAUGACCCCCAGGGACGAUACGGACCUACCAAGCCGGGGCAUCGGCUGACAGUGCUACGUGCUCCCGAGCGAGGUACCCGUGCCCCCCUCAGGACUUACCGCUAUAUUCCAGCUGUUGAUACCCAGGCAGACAAUAUUGUCAAGUUACUGCUAUCUGCUCUUAACAUACCAACGCACAGUUAGUUAACAUAUAUUUUAUGACUCACAGUUAGUGCCUGCCAUUAACCUAUGUUGAACAUGUCUUCAUUUGCUAACUAAAAAUAGUACAAAUAUCGAUGUAAACUCCAC